CCGUACGCGCGCGCACACGUUGACGGUUCAGCGGUGACGCAGCCCGCCGAGGAGCUGUCGUCCCGUCGCACGUCCACCUCCAUGCUGUCGUGCACGGCCGUGUGACGACAUCGACGCGACGUUUGCGCGGCUCGCUGCGAGGGCUUUAUUUUGGUGUGUGUGUCUACCAGGUAGUUUUGUCCUUUUAGUUGGAAAACCGCACAUUCGCCUUCCAUCUGGAGGACAUCGGAUCAGGAUUGUUUUAAUUCCGACGCAAAAGCCUCGACGAGAGUGCGACUUUUGCGCCCUUUUUUUCCCCCCCACCCUCCACGGUGUCAUCGUCCCAGAAAUGGUGGGACAUCUUCACUUGCAGGCGAUGGAUGAAAGUCUCAAAGGAAAGAACCGGGAAGGGCUGCUUGACAGCCCGGAUUCGGGGCUGCCUCCCAGCCCCAGUCCGCCCUUCUGCUCCCUUUCCCCGGCGCUCAUAGAGCCGCGCGGCGACAGCUGCAUGACGCCCGUGGAGAGCCAGCAGGCAGCCUGGAAGAAGGAGACCAGUAGGGAAGGAAAACUACUGCCUUACCUGCUGCUCAACAACACAGGAACAGACCCCAGGACUCGUAUGCUCCCCGUCUUCUAUGGCGAGGGCAUCGAGGUCGACCCCAAACCUGAGCAGGAAAUCAAGUGUACCUCAGCGGUGCGGUACGACUCGGACAGGCACUACAGAGACAACGUGUACUGCGUGCCCGUCCCCACCGCCAUGUCCUACAGCGAGACGGUGGUGGCGGUGCCCAACUGCACCUGGAGGAGCUACAAGUCCCAAGUCUACCUGGAGCCGCGGCAGAAGGCCAUCAGUUACCAGAGCACCACCAUCGUGUACCCCAAACACGCCAAGAACAUUUACCGCACCACGCUCUCCUACAAGGCCUCCACCUCCCGCCGCUGGUUCGUCUCCAGAGUGCGACUGGAGUCCAAUGAGGAGUCUAGUCCGUGUAUCAUCUACACAGAGGACCUGUAGGCGCACGCACACACACACACACACAAACACACACACACACACACACACACACACACACACACACACACACACGGGUGCUGCCUUUUUCUUUGCCGACUGCAGGCCUAAAAACAUUUUUUUCUUCUCACCCCGGAGGAAAUUUUUUACAUUUUCUUUGAACAUUUUAUUUUAGCAUUUGGAACUUUCUACUGAUGCGGUCUUUAAAAGGAUUGUCUUAUUAAAUCACCUUUGCUGCAGAAUGGAUGGACCUCAGUGAAGUCAACAAAUUAUGACACCAGCUGGUGCGUCCUGAUCCACCAAUCAGAAGCCUUCUUGCACUCCCUCUUGAUGCGACGUUUGAACAGUUUUUUGGACCAAAGUUUAACUAGCUCUGCGAGACCACGGUCCUGUGUUGCCAGACGGAACAUGACAUUUUUUUAGUAAUAUAAAUCGCACUUAAAAUCCUCCAUUUCUCAAAAAUCGCCAGUGCGCCUUAUUUACGGAAUAAAUCUGGUUGUGCUUACCGACCUCGAAGCAAUUUUUUUUGGGGUACACUGUGUAAUAAGUGUGACCAGUAGAUGGCAGUCACACAUAAGAGAUACGCGUAAACUGCAGCCUGGCGCCUGUUUAAUAAAUGGCACUAGCAAGUACCCGUAAGCAAGCAAUACCGAAACAUAACAUUACACACGGCGCUCAAAAAUCUGAUGGAACGCGGAGCAUUACGUCUAGGGCUGCAACUAACGAUUAAUUUGAUGAUCGAUUAAUCGAUUAAUAAUCGGAUAAAAGAGGCAAACUACAUUUCUAUCCUUUCCAGUAUUUUAUUGAAAAAAAAACAGCAUACUGGCACCAUACUUAUUUUGAUUAUUGUUUCUUAGCUGUUUGUACAUGUUGCAGUUUAUAAAUAAAGGUUUAUAAAAAAAAUAAAUUAAAUAAAAAUUGCCUCUGCGCAUGCGCAUAGCAUAGAUCCAACGAAUCGAUGACUAAAUUAAUCGCCAAAUAUUUUUAUAAUCGAUUAGUUGUUGCAGCCCUAAUUACGUCUACCAUAGUCAGACGUACUCUGCUUCAACAUAUGGUGUGUGUGUGUAUAAGGGACCCCAAAAUGGCACCUGUUAGCAGAUAUCUAGCAUUUCUUUUUUUUUUACCUAUUAUGCAAAACCAACUUUUCUUACCUUCUGGUA